AUGGUUAUCAAGGCUAAAUUUCAAGAUAAGUAUCACCAAUGGAAGAAUAACUGGCAACUUUCAUCUAUAUGGCCUGAAAUUGGUAUUGGAGCUGAUAGCUUAAUAUGGAAAGGAGAAAUAAAAGGUAACCUCACAACCUCCUCUGCAAUCAACUUAGUGAGAAAUAAAGAACAGUCCUUGCAUUGUCACAAAUAUAUAUGGAACUCAUAUUUGCAUCCUGCUAUAGCAAGCAACAUCUGGAAAAUAGUUCAGGGGGCAUAUGUCGAUGAUUCAGUAUUGAUUGAAAGAAAGUAUGACUUGGAUUCAAGAUGUUGCAUUUGUGAAGAAGAACAUGAUAAUAUGCACCAUUUAUUAUGGGAGUGCAAAUUCAGUAAAGAAAUUUGGAAAUGGAUAUGCUCAAUAUUUCAACUAAAGGUCCCAAAUUCUCUUGAAGUAGUGUGGAGCAAUGCAAAAGGUAAAAGUCCUUUUUUCAAAGAAUGUUGGAUUAUUGCUGCUUGUGCAACUCUAAAAGAGCUAUGGUUUCAAAAGAAUAAGAUGCUCUUUGAGCAAGUCAAACCUAAUAUUCAAAGCUUUAAAAGCAGAAUCAAAAAAGCAGUAUAUGAAGGAGGCUUCAGAAUAAAAAGCAACAUGUGGAAUAAUGACAAUGAUAACCAGGUAAUUCUCUUCUUUAAUCUGGGAGCAAGAAAAAUUAAAUUUCAACACAUCAAACCUUGCUUCUGGAUACCACCAAGUGCUGGUUAUGUUAUGUUUUGCUGUGAUGGAGCAUCCAUUGGCAAUCCAGGAGCUGCUGGUUUUGGUGUAGUAAUAAGAGAUCACUUGAGUCAGGUAUUGGGAGACAUUAUAGGGGGAUUUGGCAUUGCUACUAAUUACAUAGCAGAAGUGUAUGAAAUCAUUGGAGCAGUUGAAUUAGCUGUUGAUUGGAAGUUGCAAAACAUAAUUCUUAACUCAGAUUCCAAAACAGUUAUAUCAGAAUUUGCAGAAAUAAGAUGCCAUGGUUUGUAA